AUGGUGGCCUCGAGCACCAUCCACCUAGCUGGUCUAUUAUAUGCUAGUGCCCACAUUGUGACGGCUCGGCCACCUCAACAAUCUCAUUCACAUUUCCAUUCUUCUCACCCAGGUUUGGAACUUCGGAACUCCUGCCGGAAUCUAGUAUCUCCAUUCGACUACUCAGCAAAAGUCCGAGCCAGAGAUGAAGAUGACUUGCCACUGUGCUUUCUGGCCGAGGCACCCACCUCGGAUCUUUUGCUCGGUGUGCGCCAGGCGGCGGCCGAGGACGACUACUCGUGCUCGGAGAACAAGCCUUGCAGCAACGGGGCCUGCUGUCCGAAGGCGACUGGCUACUGCAACUACGGCGAGGAAGCGUGCGGCACCACGGGCACGAGCCCAAACGAUGUCUGCUGGUCCAACUGCGAUGCCUACGCAGAAUGCGGCCGGGACGCGCUGGUACCGGGGACCGAGUGUCCAUUGAACGUGUGCUGCUCCAAGUUCGGCUUCUGCGGCAUGACUUCUGAGUUCUGCGAAGUGACGGACGACGAGGAGACCAGCUGCCAGAGCAACUGCAAGCAGCCCGGAUCCGGGGCCUCAGACAGCAACGUGCGACAGCGCAUCAUCGGGUACUACGAGGCGUGGGCGCACGACCGCGAGUGUCAGAACAUGAACUUCAAGGACAUUCCCGUCGGCGCCUUGACACACGCCUACUUCUCCUUCGCCUUCAUCACGCCGGGCACCUACAUGAUCGCGCCCAUGGACGACCUGAGCCCAGACCUGUUCGAGGACUUCACGGCUAUUAAGCAGGGCAACACGGGUCUUAAGGCCAUUAUUGCCGUCGGCGGUUGGAGCUUCAACGAUCCGGGCGCCACUCAGACCGUGUUCAGCGACAUGGUGGCCAGUCCCGAGAGCCGCAAGACAUUUAUUGGUAACCUGAUGGGGUUCAUGCGCAAGUAUGGCUUUGACGGCGUCGAUUUCGACUGGGAGUAUCCUGGGGCCGACGAUCGGGGCGGCAAGUCUUCGGAUGGCGAGAAUUUCGUCACUUUCCUCAAGGAGCUGGACGAGGUCAACAACGACCAGCCUGAGAAGUACGUUGUGUCAUUCACGGUGCCGACCAGCUACUGGUAUCUGCGGCACUUUGAUCUGACCGCUGUUGACCACGUGGACUUUGUCAAUGUCAUGAGCUACGAUCUGCACGGCAUAUGGGACUCGACCAACCCCAUUGGGAGCCAUGUUUAUGCGCACACAAACCUCACCGAGAUCAAGGACGCGUUCGAUCUCUUCUGGCGGAACGGCGUUAAAGCAGAAAAGCUGAACCUGGGUCUCGGGUUCUACGGCAGAAGCUUCCAGCUGUCGGACCCGACGUGCUACACGCCGGGUUGUAUGUUCAGAGGAGGUGCUUCGCCAGGACCUUGCAGUCAGAACUCAGGAACGCUGACUUAUCGCGAAAUCAUGGAUAUCGUCAAGGAUAAAGACUUGGAGCCGUACUAUGACGAGGAAAAUGCUGUCAAGUAUGUUACGUGGAACGAGGACCAGUGGGUUUCUUAUGAUGAUGCAGAGACCUUCCAGCAAAAAAUUGACUUCGCCAACGACCUUGGCCUCGGCGGCCUGCUGAUCUGGGCGCUGGACCAAGACACGGACAACUUGGAAGCGCUCACGGGCGUCGUCGGUGAAGGUAACCUGCGCCUGUUCUCUAAGCAGGCCGCCAACGCCGAUACCAUGGAGGGCGUGUCGGUGCCCGACUGCUACGUGACUGACUGCGGCGGCACCUGUGAUGCGGGCUUCCUCAAGAUUGAGAACCAGCCGUGCGGCAGCGCUACCUGGCUCACGCGCCACUCGACCGAGUCGGACAGCCUGUUGUGUUGUCCGCUGGGCGGCGCCCCGAGCGCCAGCGAUUGCGAGUGGCGCGGCACAGCGCCGAGCUGCAACGGACAUUGCCACGAGGAUGAGGUUGCGCUGGAGCUGAACCGCUGGGGUGAUGGGAAGUAUUGCGAGGAUGGCAAUAAGGCGUACUGCUGCAAGACUUCUCUGGAGAAUGAGUGCUACUGGACUGGAGAAGGGCAGCGGUGUAAUGGGGAUGAUGUUGCUUUGACAUUCGCCGGGACAUUCCUGCAGAGACUGGCCGACAUCGCUGGCUUCUCAGGUCUAAUCGGCCUGCUCCUGGAGGACGCCCUCAAUGAAGCCAACAUCGAGCUGCUCAAGCUCUACUGCUGCCCCAAGGACCAGAUCGACUCGUGGCAGAACUGUGCAUGGCACGGCGAGGAGGGCAGCUGCUUCGACAACCACUGCCCGACGGGCCACUCAGUGCAGCUGACGGAUAAUGCCUACGGAGAGGGCAUCGACUGCGGGAUCCGACUGGAGCGCACGCGCGUCUUCUGCUGCGACCCGGCCGACAAUCAAUCACCUUUCCUGCCCGUGGAGUUGGGCAAGCUGUUCCCAUCCCCGCCACAGGGCGACAACGUCGACACCGAUUACGAGCUCAGCACGGACGAGACCUGGGGCACCAGCCGGGACAAAAACGGCGGCGAUGACGACGAGCCCGACAACGCGGCCUUCCAGUUCGUUGUUUUGGCGUCCCCCGAGGAGCUGCAGGUCUCGCUCGACAAGCGGGACGGCUCGCACUGGGACCUCAACUGCUACGACGCCGAUCCCGUCAGCGAAGAACCGCAAACCAUCCAGAUGGUGUGUACGGACAUGUCUGAGAACAGCAACUGCCACAAGAUCGGUUUGGGUAAGGGCGUGCCGGGUACCAUCCUGCAGAUGCCCGAAGGCUGCGGGCCGGGAAAGUAUGCCGUGGCCGUGGACAUGAAGAUGGCCGAGAAACAAAUCCUGCCACGCAAGUUUGGAGGGCUGGCGCAUAAGCCCAUUAUUUACGACUUGACUUUUGAUUAUGACUUCAGCCGCGUGCCGCGCGAGGAGGGCCAGGACACGCAGAUGCGCGUGGAUUUCAGCAACGAGCCCGGGUACUGGGACACCAUCGUGGCCGCCGCGGCGUCCAAGAAGCGCAAGAGUAAAAGAACGCUCGAGGACGUCGGGGGGGACCACGUGCGCUGGCUCGAGGAAGAGUUCCGUGACGAUUUCCACCUAAACAGCGGGCUUUUCACUCGAGAAAUACACGAGCGUUGGUUCGGCUCGGGCAUCAUCGCGUGGCUGACGGAGAUGCUUAGCCCGACCAUCAGCAAGGAGUUCAAACACGUGCUGGACAACACGUACACGCUCAACAUCAUCGACGCCGAGUGGGACUGCCCGCUGCACAGCGGCAGGCUUCUGGCGCAGGCCGAGACCAACGUGCACGUCGAGACGAGCUUCGGCUUCACGCUGGUGUGCCGUCUGCUGCCCGAGAUCGACCUGAGCGACUCAUUCCUGACCUUCACCAACAACGGCGAGAUCACCGCCACCUUCCGGCUCGAGGCGUAUCUGGAUCUGCAUUACGACUCGCUGGAGAAGUCGCUGAUCCGCAUCCCGUUCCCGGGCGCGGCAUUUAAAAUUCCGGGAAUCGCCCUCAUCGGGCCGGCGCUGCACCUCAAGGGCCGCAUCGAGGCCGGGCUGGUUCUCUCAGCCGUGAUGGAGACGCAGGUCGACAUCGCGUCGUGGGAGUUCCAAACGACACUCCCGCCCAACGACGAAUACAAACCCGAGGAACCCACUAAGGCCGGCUGGGGUGACACGGGCGACUUCAACGGGGUGCAGUAUCCGCAGUUCUACGCGGGCGUCACGGCCGACGGCAACCUCAAGGCGCACGCCAUCGCCGCCGUCGAGUUCGGUAUCAGCUUCGACACGCGCUGGAACGUCGGCGGCGACGCCAUCGCGAGCGUUGUGGCCGACGGCUGGGUCGAGGCCAAGGCCCACUCCGAGUUCAACACGGUGGCUAGCUGUCCCUUUGUGUGGGGAGUGAAUGUCGGUGUUGAUCUAUACGCCCAGGCCCAAGCUCCGGAUCUGUUCAACUGGAAGAUGGAUAAGUUCCCACUGCCUGGGAGCGGUAUGAAGAGCAUCAUACCCAUGGAUGAGUGUCCCGGCACGAGCGGCGGCUUGCCUGAGGAGAAGAGAAAAAGGGGGCUCAGCAGUGUUUCUCUCCGAAAUGAGAUUGCCCAACCGAGCCAGGACACUAGAGAAAAUUUCAAUAACGGCACAUUACUGAACAAACGAGCCAAGGUCGUCGUCCCGGCCGUCAUCGUUAUUCCCGCCCAGAAGAUGCUGUGUCCUGAGGCCAGCCAAGGAGGAAAAACAUCGACGGCUUGCGAAUUGAUCAAGGGCUGGGAAGACGAUCAGUACACCUCUGCGCUCCGGAAACGGGAGUACACGGAUGGUGGAGAAGAACACCUGCACAAGUGGGAUCGCCGCGUCACAGAUUCGAGCAGGACGACCAAGGCGUGUCUUUCCACCUACAAAUCGUCUGGAGGGAUACCAUUCCUGGCGCCGCCGUAUGAUACCAGCGGGACAUUAAAUACUAAAGUGACAAACGUCAAGGUCUACGGCUACGUCCAGCCGGGCGUGUGCAACAACUUCGACUUUGACGGGAACAGGGACUACCCCGCGGCAGCAGACCUCGAGGACGGCUGGGCUACGGAGCACAUUCUCGAGCUGCAGCUAGUGAGCCAAUUCUUCGACAACCUGCAGUCGCGCCUGGGCUCCUCACUCCCUAACUAUAACCCGGGCGGCAACGGCAAGCAGAACAUGUGCCAAGUUCUGCGUACGCUCUGGCAGGGCGUCACAGAAAACCAGCGGCCCGUCUUCGACGGCAAGACGCGCGACCCGGUGAACCACGUGCUGGCCGUGCUGCCGGGCAACGACAACAACUACAAGAACGAAUUCGUACUGCUUGACAGCAGCGUCAACACGGCCAAGGAGCGCAUGUUCAGCGGCGACGCAACUAUCCAGAACGACGACACCAUGAGAGGCUACGACGGCGAUGGCGACCGCGCCGUCAAGAACCUUAAAGAUGUCAUGACUGCCAUGAAGUACCUGCAGGACAGUACCAUCGCUUCACAUCUUCUAGCUCAAAAAGUGCGCAUCGGCGACCGCCUGCGUGAUUUGGACACGGUAGCCCUGCCGGCCAUGCGCAAGACGAAGUUGACCGGCGCAGCGUACGGCGUCUGGCAGCCCAUGGGCCUCGAGGCGCUGUGGAAUACCUUUAUGCGCGACAAGGGCGCGACGGCGCGGUCCAAGGCCAUUUUGCACAUCGAUACCCACCUGGCAAUACUCAAGGAGGGCUUUGUGAAUGACUUCAAGAAGGAACAGGCCGCUACACAGGCGGCGCAGGGUGAUACGGUGUUGCAAGACCUCAUUGAGAAGAUAGACAAGUUGGAUGUUGAGUGGGCGAGGUAUAAGCCCAACUCGUGGACGAAUCCAUUUUAG